GGAUAAAAGACAGAGAGAAGACGGCAGAGAGGAGAGCUAGAAGGAUAGAAUGAUGAGGAUUACACUCGUUCUUCUUCUCUCUGCCCUCCUGCUGCAGCUCGGGCGCACGGUAGGUACGGUGGGGGGAUCCGCCCACAAGCAUGAAAAGCCAUCGGAUGAGAAACCUGAACCUGACACCUCAUCACUAACGCCCCCUCCCACACCUCAUCACAAAGCCCCGCCCCCCAGUCUGCUGUCUCAGGAGUGUGUGGAUGAGAAACACACCCGCUCGUCCUGCACUAAAGUGUUCUGCCCGCCCUGGGAGCGCUGCAUCAACGGUCAGUGUGUGUGUAAACUGCCCUAUCAGUGUCCCCGCUUCGGCCCCAGGGUGUGUGGACUGGAGGGGAGGAGCUACAUGUCCCUGUGCCAGGCUCAGGCCAACGCCUGCCGAGAAAAGAGACCCCUGUUCUCUCAUUACACAGACCUCGGGUCAUGUGAGGAACCUUUUAAAGUGGAAUUACGAGGCCUCAAGGGCCAGCAGGUGGUUCAGUUCCGCACAGCCGAUGUGACGGCGCUGGUUUGUGGUUCAGACUCGUGGAACAUGGCGGCCGCUAACGUUGUCUGCAAACACAACAAAAACAACCCCAGUCUCAGAGGAGCAAAGGUUUUUGGGAAGAGCGAGUUUAAGGACAUAAUGGGAGUGUCCAGGGUGCACGAGUGUGUCGAUGUGAGGUGCACAGGGGCGGAGCGCACCUUGGCCGAGUGUCUACUGUACAAACCUCGCUCCAUCAGUGAAGACACAUCUGUUGCUACGGUAACAUGUUACACAAAUGAGCCAGCUGUAGGCAAGGACGAGUGUGACGGGUUCCACUGUGUUAAUGAGAAGUGUGUGUCGUGGGAACACAUCUGUGACGGAGUGGACGACUGUGGGGACAACAGCGACGAAAUGUGCUGCACAGGUUGCCAAAAUGGAGCCUUUUACUGUAAAAGUGGAGUGUGUCUUCCACCGUACGCCGUUCAAGAUAAGAUCCGGGAUUGUCUCGGAGGGGAGGACGAGAUCGAAACGGUCGAAACGGUCAGGAAGAGUAUUCCUCGAUCGGGUUCACGCAAGGAACACUUAGGAUCAGAGGAACCUAAAACAGAAGUCUGGACGAAUUCUAAAGACGAUAUCCUGAAGAUACGCAAUCACACAGAGACCCUGGAGUGUGGGAUUCCCAACAUGGACUAUGUUCACAAGACAGAGGAAGAAACGCGCAGACGCACAAAACGUGUGGUGGGGGGAGAGGAAGCUAUGCCGACUCAGAUACAGUGGCAGGUGGCCAUACAGGAAGAUGAGAAAAUCCACUGUGGUGGUGCUUACCUCGGUGGGUGCUGGGUUCUGACCGCCGCUCACUGUGUCAGGCCGAAGCCCCAGUCAUUCCGAAUUAAAUUCUCCCUGUGGCAGAAGAUAUCUCUGCUGACCACAACUGACAGUGUCCCAGUGAAGAACAUCAUCAUUCACAGAGAAUACAACCCGCGCACCUACGAGAACGACAUCGCGCUCAUCCAGCUGGAGGAACUGGCCUAUGAGAAGGAGUGCCUUCACCCGAACCCUGCUGUACGCCCCGUUUGUGUGCCUUGGUCACCACUGCAGUUUCCUGCUAACUACACCUGCACUAUCUCUGGCUGGGGACGCAACAAACAGGGAGACAGUGUGAACAUCCUGAGGUGGGCCAAUGUGAGCCUUAUCCCUAACUGCGAGUCCUACUACAAGGAGCGGUAUCACAAAGGAAUGAUGUGUGCGGGUGAUCUGGAAGGGAACGUUGACUCUUGCCAGGGUGACUCAGGAGGCCCGUUAGUGUGUAAGGAUGCGAGCGGUGUUUCAUAUGUGUGGGGAAUCGUGAGCUGGGGAGAUAAGUGCGGAGAAGCCGGCUUCCCAGGAGUCUACACUCAAGUGGCUCACUAUUUUGAGUGGAUUCGGCAGCAAACCGGCUGGCCUGCAGUCACCAAGUACAACCAGUGAAGUGGAACCCGACACUCUCGCCAAUAAUGCUAAUAAAGUAGAUGAAGUUGAGUUUGGGUGCCUUUAAAUAAAUUCUUUAAUUUCUUUUUAAUUUAUUACUAUAUAUUUUGUUAGGAAAGUUGUUUUGAUAUGAAAGCAGUUGGUAAUGAUAUCAGGUAUCAUUUGGAGACCAUGCUUAUAAUGCUCUGGUUACAUCUGAUUACAUGCUAAUAUUAUGUCAUGUAUGUUAUCACACUAAUAAACAGAUGCCACAAAAUGACAA